UUAUAUUACUUAAAUAUAUUCAGUGGGAUAUGUUGGAAAGUCAUCGAAUUAACUAAUAAUUUCAUAAAUUCUACUACUAUAUUACUUCCGAAAAACAUGGCUUCCUGUGUUCAUUGAUUAAAGUUAUGGCGUUGUGAAGUGGUUGAUAUUUUUAAAAUACUUCACUCUUGAAGAAUGUUAUUGUUAUUCAUUUAGGCAACGAUGCAAAGGACUUCCAAAACCAAAGAAAUGUUUAUUGUACGAGCUCUAGAAAAGAUACUUAGUGAUAAAGAUAUUAAGCGGUCACACCACUCCCAGUUGAAACGGGCCUGUGAGGUGGCAUUGGAAGAGAUACGAAAUGAACUGAAAGAUGGAGGCCAGGAUGGUCCCAAUUCAUCAUCUGCUUUGCCACUGCCAAAGAAUGAUGAAGCUAAUAUCAUUACAGCAGAGAAAUAUUUCCUUCCAUUUGAAUUGGCAUGUCAGAGCAAAGCAGCUAGGAUUGUUGUUACUGCACUUGAUUGUCUUCAGAAACUCAUUGCAUAUGGACACUUGACUGGAAACAUUCCUGACUCAACAACUCCAGGAAAGUAUCUUAUUGAUCGUAUUGUUGAAACAAUAUGUGGAUGUUUUAGUGGCCCACAAACAGAUGAAGGUGUUCAGUUGCAAAUAAUAAAGGCUUUAUUAACAGUUGUGACAAGUCAGCACGUUGAAGUUCAUGAAGGAACGGUUCUUCUGGCAGUGCGAACUUGCUACAAUAUAUAUCUGGCUAGCAAGAACCUCAUUAACCAGACGACAGCCCGUGCCACGUUGACUCAGAUGCUGAAUGUCAUCUUUACACGCAUGGAGAGUCAAGCUGUAGAAGAUCUGAAUAAAGGGAAAGAAGAUGCUGAGAGAUCGGAGUUGAUCCAAGGAGAAACAAAGUUGUCAGACGAAUUGUAUGGAGGAAGUGAUAAAAGUGAGAAGAAGGCUGAAGAUGUCAUCCAGCGUGACUCUGAGCUGAAUCAUCAUGAAAUGGUGCGAGGGAUGUUGAAUGGCAUCGUAGACACUGUGGUGCAAGACUGUGAAGCUGAUGGAGCAGUGCCAAGAACAAACACAAGUGGUGAAGAGAGUGGAGAUUCUUUCAAUCAGGUGCAUGAAUCACAGUCAGACAGUGGUAGUCUGCAGAACCAUCCCACAACACCGUCUAUCACUCGUGUACCCUCGCAGGAGAGCAUGGAUGUGAAUGAAACAGACACGACUGUUACAGCAAAGUUCACACACGUCCUUCAGAAGGAUGCAUUUCUUGUGUUCAGAGCAUUGUGUAAGCUGUCCAUGAAGCCUCUUCCUGAGGGACAGCCAGAUCCGAAAUCCCAUGAGCUGCGUUCAAAGAUUCUGUCCCUCCAUCUUCUGUUAUCAAUCCUCCAGAAUGCUGGUCCAGUGUUCAGAGCCAAUGAAAUGUUUGUGACAGCCAUCAAGCAGUACCUGUGUGUAGCCCUCUCCAAGAAUGGAGUUUCUUCCGUCCCUGAGGUGUUUGAACUCUCACUUGCAAUAUUUCUGGCACUCUUGUCCAAGUUCAAGAUGCACCUGAAAAUGCAGAUUGAGGUAUUCUUCAAGGAAAUUUUCCUGAAUAUCCUAGAAACAUCAAGCUCUUCAUUUGAACAUAAGUGGAUGGUGAUCCAGGCAUUGACGAGGAUCUGCGCCGAUGCUCAGAGUGUUGUUGACAUUUACGUCAAUUAUGACUGUGACUUAUCUGCAGCAAAUCUGUUUGAAAGACUAGUCAAUGAUCUGUCAAAGAUUGCACAGGGACGACAAGCUCUGGAGUUGGGUGCUACACCAAAUCAAGAAAAGUCAAUGAGGAUUCGCGGCUUAGAAUGCUUAGUUUCUAUUCUUAAAUGUAUGGUGGAAUGGAGUAAGGAUCUUUAUGUGAAUCCAAAUUCACAAACAACUUUGGGUGCUGAUCGUCACAAGGAAACUGACAGUGAGUUGGCGCCUUCUAAAGGCAGCAGCAGUAUUAAGUCUUAUGGUAGCAACAACAGUCUCAAUUCUGGCAGUUCAGGACAGGGCAGUAUGGUCGGUUCUUCUGGUAACAGAGAAGUUCCUGACACUCCAGAGCAGUUUGAAGUUCUCAAACAUCAGAAGGAAGUCUGGGAAACAGGCAUUACUUUGUUCAAUAGGAAACCGAAGAAAGGUGUGCAGUUCCUGCAGGAGCAAAGGUUGCUGGGUAAUACAUCUGCUGAGAUUGCAGAAUGGUUACAUACAGAUGACCGUUUAGAUAAAACUGGUAUUGGAGAUUUUUUGGGUGAUAGUGAUGACUUCAGUAAAGAGGUUAUGUAUGCAUAUGUGGACCAAAUGGACUUUAACAAUAGAGAUAUAGUGUCAGCAUUACGCUACUUUCUGGAGGGUUUUCGUCUGCCUGGUGAAGCUCAGAAGAUUGAUAGACUUAUGGAGAAAUUUGCUAGCAGAUACUGUGAAUGCAAUCCAAACAAUGGAUUAUUUGCGAGUGCAGAUACCGCUUAUGUGCUGGCCUAUUCUGUGAUAAUGCUGACUACAGAUCUGCACUCUCCACAAGUGAAGAGCAAGAUGACCAAGGAGCAGUACAUCCGACUGAACCGUGGCAUCAGUGACAGCAAGGAUCUGCCUGAGGAAUACUUGUCCAACAUCUAUGAUGAAAUUGCUGGCCAUGAAAUCAAGAUGAAGGGAACUGUGAAUAAACCAGGAAAACAGUUAAUCUCAAGUGAAAAGCGACGACGCUUCUUAUGGAACAUGGAAAUGGAGGUAAUCUCUACAGCUGCUAAGAACCUCAUGGAGUCUGUGAGCCAUGUCCAGGCCCCCUUCACAUCUGCUAAGCAUCUUGAACAUGUGCGGCCAAUGUUUAAGAUGGCUUGGACUCCUUUCCUAGCAGCAUUUAGCGUGGGGUUGCAAGACUGUGAUGACCCAGAAAUUGCAUCCCUUUGCCUUGAUGGAAUCAGAUGUGCCAUCCGAAUAGCUUGCAUUUUUCACAUGACGCUGGAAAGGGAUGCAUAUGUUCAGGCGUUGGCCAGGUUCACCCUGCUUACUGCUAACUCACCUAUCACUGAGAUGAAGGCUAAGAAUAUUGAUACCAUUAAAACUCUCAUCACUGUUGCUCAUACUGAUGGUAAUUACCUGGGAAGUUCAUGGCUUGAUAUAGUGAAGUGCAUUUCCCAGCUGGAACUUGCUCAGCUGGUGGGUACAGGAGUCAGACCUCAGUUUAUAUCUGGACCUAGGGCUCACAACAGUGAUCAUUCCUUUUCAGACCCUCUGAAGUUGAACCUAAGCUCCUUAGAUCCUAGUGUAAAAGAAUCAAUUGGGGAGACCAGCUCGCAAAGUGUUGUGGUUGCAGUAGAUAGAAUCUUCACAGGUUCAACUCGGCUGGAUGGUGAUGCUAUUGUGGACUUUGUUCAUGCUCUCUGCCAGGUCUCACUGGAUGAGUUGGCACAUCCAGCACAUCCACGGAUGUUCAGCCUGCAGAAGAUUGUAGAGAUCUCAUAUUACAAUAUGGGGAGGAUCCGUCUGCAAUGGUCUCGCAUCUGGCAGGUGCUUGGUGAGCACUUUAAUAAGGUUGGCUGUAAUCCCAGUGAAGAUAUAGCGUUCUUUGCUGUUGAUUCCCUUCGUCAGCUAUCAAUGAAGUUCAUCGAGAAGGGCGAAUUUGCCAACUUCCGUUUCCAGAAAGAUUUUCUUCGCCCAUUUGAGCACAUCAUGAAAAAAAAUAGGUCACCAACAAUACGUGAUAUGGUGGUACGUUGCAUUGCUCAGAUGGUGAACUCUCAAGCCCACAAUAUAAGAUCAGGAUGGAAGAAUAUUUUUAGUGUGUUCCAUCUGGCAGCAUCAGAUCAAGAUGAAGCAAUUGUUGAACUAGCUUUUCAUACAACAGGGAAGAUCAUCAAUGAUCUGUACAGCAAACAUUUCCCAAUAAUGAUUGACUCUUUCCAAGAUUCAGUUAAAUGUUUAUCAGAGUUUGCCUGUAAUGCUAGUUUCCCUGAUACCAGCAUGGAAGCUAUUCGAUAUGUUCGAACAUGUGCUAAAUAUGUGGAUGAAAAGCCUCAGUAUUUUAAUUGCAGGUGGAAUGUUGCAGAAUUGUUCCGUGAACACAACAUGGAAGACAUAAAUGUCCCUGAAGAAGACAGAGUAUGGGUACGAGGAUGGUUCCCCCUGUUAUUUGAGUUAUCAUGUAUAGUAAGUCGUUGCAAGUUGGAUGUACGUACACGAGGUCUCACUGUGCUGUUCGAAAUUGUCAAGACUUAUGGCGAUGCAUUCCAGUCUCAUUGGUGGAAAGAUCUCUUUCAAGUACUGUUCAGGAUAUUUGAUAACAUGAAGCUUCCUGAACAGCAUACGGAGAAGGCAGAAUGGAUGACGACAACAUGUAACCAUGCUCUGUAUGCUAUUGUGGAUGUAUUUACGCAAUAUUUUGAUAUACUUGGGCCGUUGCUGCUUGAGGAUUUGUACACACAACUGCAUUGGUGUGUCCAACAAGAUAAUGAACAGCUGGCUCGCUCAGGCACAAACUGCCUGGAAAAUCUAGUCAAUUCCAAUGGUCUGAAGUUCCAAGAUUCAACAUGGGACAAGACGUGUCAGUGUAUGCUUGACAUCUUCAAUUGCACAAUUCCAAGUGCUCUGCUUACAUGGAGGCCGGAUGAAGGACGAGAUGGCAAGGAGAGCGAUUUGGAGAUCAUUUCGAAUGAAAAUGGAGACCCAAGUCGACAAGGGAUCCUGAAGCGAUCGAAUAGUAUGUACAGUAUACAGAGUAACAGCACGUCACCCAGCUCUGCAGACGAGCUUAAAAUGUCUAAAGCAAAGGUUGGAUCAGACAAGUUGUUUGCUAGUUUGCUGAUCAAGUGUGUAGUGCAACUGGAGCUCAUCCAGACAAUUGACAACAUUGUCUUCUUUCCUGCAACAUCACGGAAAGAAGACCAGGAAAACUUGGCACUUGCUCAGGCAGACCUGCUACACAUAGAAGCUGGCCUAUCAGAACAGCAGAGGGAGGAACAAGGGAUGUACCGGAACCUGAGCUCAAAACACCUCCUGCUCCUUACUGACUGUCUUCUCCAGUCACAUCGAUUUGCUAAGGCCUUCAAUUCAAAUCACGAGCAACGGAACCUGCUCUGGAAAGCAGGUUUUAGGGGCAACGCAAAGCCCAACCUGUUGAAACAGGAGACUCAGAGCCUGGCGUGUGUACUUCGGAUCCUGUUCAAAAUGUACAGUGAUGAGACUCGGCAGGAUGCAUGGCCAACCAUACAGCAGCGCCUCAUUGCAGUUUGUCGUGAAGCAUUAGAGUACUUUCUGUGCCUCCAAUCCGAGGCUCACCGUGAUGCAUGGACCUGUCUUCUCCUCUUGGUCCUUACAAGGAUAUUCAAAAUGUCUGAUGAAAGGUUUGCAGCUCACACUUCCAAUUACUAUCCUCUCCUCUGUGAGAUCAUGUGCUUCGACUUGAAGCCAGAACUUCGUUCUGUGUUACGCCGAUUUUUCUUGCGUAUUGGACCAGUUUUCAACAUCACACCAGGAAGUCGUUCAGGGGGUGGACCAUGAUGCCGUGGGACUGGGCGAACAUGUAUUCGCCCAUCCAUUAUAACCAGCUGGGAUACCCAGCAAACUGCAGUUCAGGAAAGUCAUGCCUUGUGUAUGGAGUCUCACUGAAUCCACGCCAUGGUGAUGAGUAGAGGAAAGGGUGAGCCUGAUCUCAUAGCUUUAAACACUGUUUGCAAGCUGCCUUUUAGUUACUCGUUUUUUCAACUGUACAUAGGCUAUGGAGUCAGGAGAUGUUAUAUUAUGACAAUCAGAAUUUAUUUUUAUUCUCAUUCAAGUGAAAAAUGUUACAGUUGAACUGAAACCAGCAAGAUUUGUCACCCAGUGGUAAUUUACCUCAUUCUAUGCUUUAUUGUUUUUGGAGUGUAAUGAUCCAUUAAUAUUGAGAAUAUGCAGGCAUGAAAAUUCAGCCAUGUUCAAGUUAUUUCUGUAAACAGAUAUAAAGACUUUUAAUGUUAGGUUAAUUGCAGGUAGCAAGCAUGUUAGUUUUGAACAUUAGUACAAAUUGUUAUUCUUAAUAAAAGUAAGUAAAGGUAUCCCUGUAACAGACCGUGGAGGCCCAUAGGAUUGUGAGAUGUUGAG